AUGGGUUUUUAUUUUUCAGAGGCAUUGGUUCCAAUUCUAAAUGAAAGAGCAGGAUUUCCUGAAGAUACUGAAUUGAUGUUAUAUGAGGAAGUUAAACCAAAUGUUGUGGAGCGUAUUGAGAAUAUAGACCUUCCUUUGGAGAAGGUUUUAGACGAGCUCAUGGAUGGAGACAUCAUUGUUUUUCAAAGAGCUGAUAUAAACUUUACAGACUGUGAACUGCCCACUGUAAAAGAGUACUUUCGUGACCUGUUUCACCGAGUUGAAGUUACUUUCUGUGAUAAAACCCUUCCUCUUGAUCCUGGCUUUACAAUGGAAUUAUCCUUAAAAAUGACAUACGAUCAGAUGGCUCAUGCUGUUGCUUUGAGGUUAAAUGCAGAUCCAUACAGGCUGCAGUUUUUUAAAGCUCAAAACCACAGAGAUGGCCCUGGUGCUCCCUUAAGGUGUACUUAUGAGGGAACUCUAAAAGAACUUCUUGUAGCAGUUAAAGGUAGACAACCUAAAAAAAUAUAUUAUCAGCAGAUGAAUAUUAAAGUUAGUGAACUAGAGAAUAAAAAGCAAUUCAAGUGUACGUGGGUGAAUAGUAAAUUAAAAGAAGAGAAAGAACUAGUAUUAUAUCCAAGUAAGAAUGGCUUUGUAGCUGAUCUCUUGGAAGAAGCCAAAAAGCAAGUAGAGUUAUCAGAUAAUGGUUCUGGUAGACUUAGGUUAUUAGAAAUAAUAAGCUACAAGAUAUUUGCAGUUCAAAGGGAAGAAAUGCCCUUAGAUUCGUUAGGUAAUGGAAGUGCGAGGUCCAUAAGAAUUGAAGAAAUUCCCAAGGAUGAGUUAGAAAUAGCAGAUGAUGAACUGUUAAUACCUGUAGCUCAUUUCCAGAAGGAAGUCUUCUCUACAUUUGGUGUACCUUUUCUUUUAAAAGUUAAGCAUAAAGAACCAUUUUGUAAAAUCAAAGAACGAAUACAGAAAAAACUUGAAGUGCCAGAUAAGGAAUUUGAAAGAUAUAAAUUUGCUCUAGUUGUUAUGGGAAGACCACAGAUUAUUGAAGAUAAAGAUUACCAUAUUAAUCUGCCUGAUUUUCUUCCGCAUCCACAAACUGGCGGUGCAGUUCAACCAAGGCCUUGGCUUGGUUUAGAACAUAUUAAUAAAGCUCCAAAGCGAUCAAGAUAUAAUUAUUUGGAAAAGGCAAUCAAGAUUCAUAACUGACAUUGGUACAUUCAAUAUUUAAAAUUAUUGUGGCGACAGCUUUUUCCAGCCUUGCAGCUGCCCCUCUCUGCUGGACAACUGUGCAUUCAGUCUUUCAUGAUUGUACAAAUGUUACAGAAGUAUGCGUUCCUUCUCACAAUUUGUAGUGUUUCUGGAGACCUUUCUGCAGAGUUAAAGUGUGCAUCAGAUGGAAAAAGUUGUAAGAAGUAGAGCUUCUGAAUUCAUUAAUGGUUCAGUUGCAGGACACUCAGAGGCCUUUGUUUCUCAAGAAAUUGCACUUAAGUGUGGAAAGUGGCAACAGAACUGUCCAUGAAAUCUGUGCCAUCUGCACUGUUUUUCUCAAUCUUCCUCUUUUUUUAUAUGAAAGAUCUGCCUGCUGAGACAGACUGUGAGCCAAGACUAUUAGAACAGUGUUUUCCUGUAAUAGACAUUGAGCACUGUGGUCAAGGGGAUAGACUGCACAGCUUUGUUUGUCAGAUGUUAGUAAUGAUGUCUUAAACUAAGCAAACAAGGUUCAAUCUAGGCAUCUACAGAAAGGUCUUGUAAUAAAGAAUUUUCAACUUGACAUUUCUUUUUCUUUGAUAUGCGUGCACUAUGAAACUUGAACUUUUGAGACAGUACUUUGAAGUUUUAUAUAUAAGCAAGUCCAAUUUGUGAAUAUGUUUGUAAGGCCCUGUGAUGCUCUGCUGUCUUAUUUGUUUAUGCAGCAAUAUUGGCUACCAUACUUCACAGUUUAGCUCCAGCAGUUGUACAGUUUUAUGUUCCCCCAGUACUUGCUUUUCCCGUUGAUUGCAUGGUGUACAAAUUAAGAAAUAAUAAUAAAAAGUUGCCUUCAUCAUCAAGGAAUUAAAAACAAGAAAAAAUGAGUGCUAGAAAAAUGAAAUAGUAUAAGUCUUUAUCAUGUACUGUAAGAUUUUUUUUGGGGGGGGUAUAAAUUGUAUUAAGCUAUUUUGUAAUUUAUUGUGUUCGUAUUGGUUGCAACAAUUUUUUUUUACUAAAAUAAUCUUACAGGGGCUUUUUUUUACUAAACUUUUUAUAUGAUUUUGUAAAGUAAAACAUUAAAAAGAUAUUUUAAUUUCUGAUUAGGGUGUUAAUAUGCCCCGAAAGGGGGGUCAAAUUGUAUCCUACAUUGCUGAGUGUUAUUAAAAAUGCUCACAUCCUGUGAUGAAUUAAAACUUGAGAAACUGUUUUUUCUUUUGUGCAUGUGGAAAGUCUUCACUUGUAAGCAGUUUAUUCUGAAGGGGGGCAAGGCUUAAUUGAAACAAAAUCAUAAAUGGAAUUUUUCUGUUGAGAUUUUAUUUAUAAUUAGUUAUGUCUGCCUGUGUCUUCAUAUACAUGAAUUUUUAUGGAUAUUGCAUGUUAAUUAAAGAAAAGAUAUUUUAAUUAAAUGAAUAAAUUUAAUUAGACUGUGAUUAAAGGGGGGAUAAUGCAAGUAUUGCUGUGUAUGCGUGUUAUUUUAGUGUGUGUUAUUUUAGCAACAUUUUUGUUACAAUAUAGAUAAUAUGUAAAUUGUGUUCUUUAACUAUUUAAAAACUACUGCUCUUUUUUUCAACUAUUUAAUUAAAUGCUUUUAAAUGGAUGUGAUACUUUGUUUUUGAGACAUUAUACCCUACUUUUUUUUUUUUUCUUGUAGAUACAUUUUUGUAAUCUUGUCAUUCAUUUGCAUGUUUUUCCUCUGUGGGCUGACCUAAUCAGUUAAAAGAAUAUAUAUAUUCUUCAGUAUGAAUAAAAAAUGAUUUAAGGU